AUGAGCUUCUAUCGUACAGCUACUAUCCUACUUUUCAUCGGAUCUCUUUUUUGUACAUGUAGUGCAUUGAAUGAAAAUGACACCGCUGAGAAUCCAGCCGAAGGUGGUGUUAAGUUGGCAGCGUGGCACUUGAACGAAUUUCAACAAUAUUUUUGUGUCAUUUUAACCAUCCUCUUUAUCAUUUUAUUUAAAAUGUACUAUCCGAAAAUUCCUUACGUUCCUCAGUAUAUUCCACAAUCAUUAUUACUCAUCGUUAUCGGCGUUAUUUUCGGAGCCAUCCUAAAUGCAAUUACUGAAACACAUCUUGAUAAAACAUUUUGGAAACUGAGUCCGAAUAUGUUCUUCCAUUUCUUACUACCACCUAUUGUUCUGGAUUCUGCGUACAGUUUGUAUAAUCGAACGUUUCUGGAUUACCUCGGCAGCAUUCUAAUCUAUGCUGUUGUUGGUACCAUCUUGAAUUUCUUGGUUAUCGGUCCGCUAAUGUACGGUUUGUACAUGGCAGGUGCAAUGGGGAGCGGGGCUCUAGAAGUCUCCUUCAAUUCAUACCUACUUUUUGCAUCACUUAUUGUUGCUGUUGAUCCUGUCGCUGUUCUGGCUGUCUUUCAAGAUAUCGGUGUCGAACCUGGUCUCUACUACAUGGUGUUCGGUGAAUCUCUUCUUAAUGAUGCCGUUACUGUCGUCCUUUAUCGUAUCAUGAGUGAAUUCGUCGGGCUUACCCAUAUUGAAGGCGUCCAAAUUGCUCUUGGUAUAGGGUCAUUUUUUACUAUUUCCCUCGGUGGUUUGAUCAUCGGUGUACUUAUUGGUGUCAUUAGCAGCCUCUUUACACGAUGGACUGGACAUUUUGGCUGCUUUCUCACAAUAAUGCUGGCCUAUUUUUCGUACAUUUUUGGUGAAUGUCUUGGAUGGUCUGGAAUCAUUUCAAUGAUUGGAUGUGGCUUAGUUCAAGCUGACUACACUUUCCACAAUAUCUCAUCCAGUUCACUUACGUCUAUUCACCUGGUAAUAAAGGAAAUAGCAGAGGUCAGUGAGGCUUUUAUCUUUUUUCUUAUUGGUGUUCAAUUGUUUUCUGCUGAAAUUGAAUGGGACACAGGAUUUUGCCUUUGGGGUAUUGUCGUUUGUCUUGUUGCGCGAAUAAUUGUCACAUUUGCUCUUACUUAUUUAAUCAACGUGAUUAAUUUGAACAACCUCAAAAUAACUUUUAAACAACAGAUAAUUCUUGUAUAUGGCGGUUUGAGAGGAGCUGUAGCUUUGUCCCUUGCUCUGCUAGUGGAAUACGAUAAUUUGGGUCUCAAUGGUACCCAAGUAAGAAAAGUAAUUGUAACAGCGACUCUAUUCAUUAUUCUCUUUACUGUCGGAUUCAUGGGUCUGACUAUGAAACCACUGGUCAAGCUAUUAAAAAUAAAGCUGGCUGGUAAAGAAGAACUCUCCAUCUUCGGUGACCUGAAUGGAAAUAUUCUGGAUCAUGUUCUAGCUGGCAUGGAAGCAAUUAUUGGGUCAAAUGGUCGCAAUAGAGCUCGGGUCUUCUUCACACGCCUUGAUGACAAAUACAUCCGGCACAUCCUUCAAAGAGAUCCUGAGACACACGAUGAAAAAAUAGUCAGAACCUAUGAAAGUAUUGCUCUUAAGCUUCAUUAUGCGACCAUUAAACCUAGUAAAUCUUCUGCAUAUUUGGAAGGCCUUCCGGAGAUUAUUCGGCAGAAGCAUUUCCAGGAAAGUGGUGAUUCUAUUAUCCAUCUUCCGUCUCUUGCUGUAAACAUGUCAGACCCAAGAUUGCUCGACUAUUUCACAAGUGCCAAUGUCCAGUCGUCUGAUUCUCUUGACACACUUCACGAUGGUAAGGUCAAAUUUGCAGAUACCUCUCGGCUUGACGACGAAAAGCAGUACGUAGAUCCCAAUUGGCGACGUAGAAGUAGCGCAUUUGAUGCUUCUAGGAAAGAAGAAUUUGAGAGGCAAUACAUCAGUGUGCUUAAGUCGAAAGCUAAAGCAUCCAGAUUCCUCAGACAUAGAAGGAAGUUCUCAAAGUCGAAAAUGCACAGUGAAAAGGAUGAAUAUGACCCAGAACAAUAUAUAGAUGCUCAAACUGCCGCAAACACGGCUUUAAAUCGCGUCAACACCCAACCAGAUCGUAUUGCUACACCGUCGUCCAGUGCGAGCAACUCCGCCAUACCUCCAAGAGAUUAUCCAAAUAACUCCACUCGGGUUACCACGCCUAAAUUCCAAAUUGGAGAUGAUGAAUAA